AUGGUGUCCGAAGAGUCUGCUUGGAACGUUUUACCUACAGCUCCUCCCGCACAUCCCAACGGUGCUCCACCAUUGGCGAUCUUCAAGCCCUUGGAGAGCAUCCACACUAGCAUAGUGGGAGCGGCUAUAUCACGUGGUGUUCUAGAAGAGAACAAAAUCCUCAUAGGACCUCUUGUCGUCAAUACCGGUUGGGAAUCCGAACUAGAACGAUGCGAGAAAUCUACUCCUGACGGCUAUCUGUACCUCAAGAAUAUGACCUUUGGUGAAAAUGACUGCAAGGUGCUGGACUACGCCGACAUUGUAUUGUUUAUGGAACUGGAAUAUGGCAGCGAUGCCGUCGACCUCGAAAACAACACCGCCAAGCUGCUUUGGAACAUGAGGCACAAGAUGGCCAUAGACCCUCGCUGUCGCCACAUUGCUGGUCUGACGGUCGAAGGCACGCAAAUGCGGUUUUGGCACUGCGACCGGAGUGGCGUAGCCGUUUCACAUCCUUUUGAUUUCUUAAAGGAACCGGACUAUUUGAUAUACAUUUUCCUUGCGUUGGCGGGCUCGAACGAAAUUGAAUUAGGUCUUGACCCAACCAUCAGGCUUGUAAACGCGACGCCAACCCAUUCUGAAGUGCCAUCAGAUACAACACCGCUUCCUUCGGGGAAUAGGACAUAUCAAAUUACAGUUCGAGAAGAGAAUGGAGACGAGCGGGUAUUUGAGACCUUGGCCGUCAUUUCUGAUGCCAGUGCAUGGGCUGUAUGCUCUCAUGGAACGCGCGUAUGGAAAGUCUUCGAGGUCCUCGAUCCUCUCAAAACCCCUCGGGUACUAAAGGACUCGUGGAUCGAUAGUAACAGUCCAUCUGAAGCGGAAAUCAUCAACGAUAUUCACGUUCGACUCGGGGACAAGCCUGAAAAACUAUGCCAUUUUCCAACACUCCAUACGCAUGGCGCAGUUUGCUUCCCGCGCAACCCAAUAGACGAUACUUUGGGAUUGAUUCAACGAAGGGUGGAUUGGUCUGAUGCGAUACGACUCGCUCUUAUCCCAGUACUCGGCAAACUGUUAUUCUACACCACGUCUCUCCCAGUAGACGAGA